AUGUCGGCCACGAAGCUCAGCCAGGAACUGCAUAGUAUUGCUGCGACAUGGCAUGUGGACCCAUUCCGUCCGAAUCUACAGCUGAAGAAUUUCCUGGACUCCCUCGCGGAUCAUCCUAAUCUCACAGCCCGGGCAGUCCGGGCAGCGAGCGCAUUGCAGAAAAACGAGUUCCAGAAAAGAUACCAGCUAUCCGAGAAGAUGCUAAAGCCCGCAUCUAUGCCCCACCAUUAUGACCGUUUAGUCGAGGGAUACGAGAAGAGCGCCAAAGGCGUCGGCAGACCAUGGUGGAAGAUAUUCUUCGGGGUUUGGUAG